CUCCUCUUUCUCUCUCUCUCAGUUGCUGGCCUAUAUAUGUAUAUAUAUGUAUCUAUUCAUGAGUACUUGCUCCUCCUGUGAAACUAUAUUCUCUCUCUAGCCUUCAUCAGUAGUACCUGUAAGGGGCAGCGGCUGUGCAGAGGACAUAUUCCCCCAAAGUUAGUUACAUAACGGUUUAUUCUUCCUUCCCAUUUUGCCCUUUCUCUUCUGCCUAAUUUACUCUCCAAUGUCAUUCCCCUUCCCCUGCCAUUAGAUCUUGAAGGAACACGUAACUGUUAACAACAGCCUCUACAGAUGAUUAGCUGGAAAGAUCUCUACACCGUCUUGACGGCGGUGAUUCCUCUUUAUGUGGCCAUGAUCUUGGCCUACGGUUCCGUCCGCUGGUGGAAGAUUUUCAGUCCUGACCAGUGCUCUGGCAUCAACAGAUUCGUUGCCAUCUUCGCUGUCCCUCUCCUCUCCUUCCACUUUAUCUCCACAAAUGAUCCCUACGCCAUGAAUUUCCGCUUCAUCGCUGCGGACACACUGCAGAAGGUCAUCAUGCUGUUUUUUCUUGGUAUCUGGACUAAUUUCACCAGGAACGGCAGCCUAGAAUGGAUGAUCACUGUCUUCUCCUUGUCUACCCUCCCAAACACGCUGGUUAUGGGAAUUCCACUUCUAAUCGCCAUGUACGGAAAAUAUUCCGGGAGCCUGAUGGUUCAGAUAGUUGUGCUGCAGUGUAUCAUCUGGUACACUCUCCUCCUCUUUCUCUUCGAGUACAGAGGAGCAAAGAUGUUGAUCAUGGAACAGUUUCCGGAGACAGCAGCAUCAAUUGUCUCCUUCAAGGUGGAUUCCGAUGUUGUAUCGCUCGACGGGCGGGACUUCUUGGAAACCGAUGCUGAGAUUGGCGACGACGGGAAGCUACAUGUCACAGUUAGGAAAUCAAACGCGUCAAGGCGGUCUCUGGGGCCGUGUUCGCUCUCUGCAUUUUCUCCUCGUCCGUCGAAUCUCACGGGAGCGGAGAUUUACAGCUUGAGUUCGUCUAGAAAUCCGACACCGAGAGGUUCGAAUUUCAACAAUUCAGACUUCUACUCAAUGAUGAACGUACAAGGAUUCCCUGGCAGGCAAUCCAAUCUCGGAGCGGCGGACGUGUACUCCGUCCAGUCAUCUAGAGGACCGACGCCGAGACAGUCCAAUUUCGAAGAAACCCCAAUGGCUACAAUAACUUCACCUCGCUUCGGCUUUUACCCGGCACAGACGGUACCCACAAAUUACCCAGCCCCGAACCCGGAAUUCGCUUGUGCAGUCAGUAAAAACACUAAAAACCAGCAGCAGCCGCCGGCGCAGCAAAAUAUCAAAGCAAACCAUGACGCUAAAGAGCUUCACAUGUUUGUUUGGAGCUCAAGUGCGUCUCCAGUAUCGGAGGGAGCUGGCGGGCUCCACGUAUUCGGUGGUCCUGAUUUCGGAGCCUCCGAGCAAUCUGGACGGUCCGAUCAGGGCGCCAAGGAGAUCAGGAUGUUGGUCGCUGAUCAUCCACCAAACGGGGAAACUAAGGCUAUCCCUGCAAAUGGAGAAUUUGUUGGUGAGGGCUUGAGCUUUGCUGGAAAAGGAGGAGAUGGGGAAGACGACAGGGAGAAAAUGGGACCCACUGGACUCAAUAAACUGGGGUCCAGCUCAACUGCAGAGCUGCAUCCAAAAGUCGACGGAGCACAAGAAUCUGGUGCCGUGAAACAAAUGCCUCCGGCGAAUGUGAUGACUCGUCUGAUCCUAAUCAUGGUUUGGCGCAAACUAAUCCGCAAUCCAAACACGUACUCUAGCCUCAUCGGCCUUGUUUGGUCCUUGAUUUGUUUCCGGUGGCAUGUAUCUAUGCCUAAAAUAAUAGAUAAUUCAAUCUCCAUACUGUCCGAUGCCGGGCUUGGAAUGGCUAUGUUCAGCUUAGGUAUUUUCAUGGCUUUACAGCCCAAAAUGAUCGCCUGUGGGAACACGGUCGCUGUUUUCGCCAUGGCAGUCCGAUUCCUCACUGGGCCCGCCGUGAUGGCUGUGGCUUCAGUUGCAGUUGGGUUGCGCGGUGACCUCCUACGUAUAGCAAUUGUGCAGGCUGCACUCCCACAAGGAAUUGUUCCAUUUGUGUUCGCGAAAGAAUACAAUGUUCACCCAGCCAUCCUUAACACUGCGGUAAUAUUUGGGAUGUUAAUAGCGUUGCCAAUUACUCUAGUUUACUACAUAGCACUUGGAGUGUAAAAGCAGAAUGCCUGGAAAAUGGAGGGGAAGAAAGAUUCAAUCAAUGUUUAUAGUAUUUGGAUUGCAUGAGUACUGACCGCACCGAAUUAUGUCUAUUGUAAACAUGAGGAUUUCCCGGGAGAGGAUUUUAAGUUCCAGAUUUCUUGGAGCCCUGACGUGAGGAUCAUGCAUGCCCCCAUUAGAAGAAGACAUAGUCUACUCAAUUUUUAAACAAUCGAAGGUCCUUUAAGGCCUAAAAUGGGAGACCAUAAGGAGGAAAACAAGGGAAGAUUAACAAACAAACUCAAUUCCCUUUAUAAAAUGGAGGAUGGAAGUCAAAGACAAUGGAGAGGCCAUUAAUUAAUCAAUUGAAGAUGGAGAUCAAGAAAGGGAGACUGGGUUUUCUUAAGCAGUGUACUUUUUUUUCCCCUUCUAAAAUAUCCUUUUUGAUGUUAUUUAGUGUUGGUUUUGAUUGUCCGUAAUCCAGCAAUUAUUUGCGUCUGUGGUCUUUCUUUCUUUUUGAUUUUGUAAUCAUGAGGGAAAAAAGGGGGAUCAUUAGUGAGCCA